UACAGGGCAUUGCCACAGGCCGGAGACAAGAACAGACGGAGCCGGAAGUGGAACCUUUGUGGCGGAAGCAGGAGGGCGGAGGCAGUGGCGGGCGGACCGGACGGGACGGGACGGGACCGGACCGGACGUCUGGCGGUUGUGACGGUUGAGGCGGCGCGGCUGGGCCGGCGGCGGCGAUGAGCGCGGAGACGCGGCCGGGCCGUCCGCUCGGAGGUGGGGGCCGCCGCGGCCGAACCGGCGUCUUCUCCUGGGUCAGCGGCCGUUCGAUUGGACGCGGCCUCGGGCCGCUGGUGGACCCGAGCCGGGAGACCUACUGCAUCAUGACCAGCCUGUACGGCUCGAUGAACCCCGCCGACUCGGUGACGCUCGGCACCAAAACCCACGGAGCCGCCUUCAACCUGGAGUACUCGCCCGACGGGUCGGUGUUGACGGUGGCGUGUGAACAGACAGAGGUCCUUUUGUUUGAUCCAGUGUCUUCAAAGCACAUCAAAACUCUGUCUGAAGCCCAUGAAGAUUGUGUUAAUAAUAUCAGGUUUCUUGAUAACAGGCUGUUUGCAACUUGUUCUGAUGACACCACUGUGGCGCUGUGGGAUUUACGGAACCUCAACACAAAGGUUUGCACCUUGCAUGGCCAUACUAGUUGGGUAAAGAACAUUGAAUACGAUACCAACACAAGACUCCUGGUAACAUCAGGAUUUGAUGGAAAUGUAAUCACAUGGGACACUAAUAGAUGCACAGAAGAUGGCUGUCCACAUAAAAAAUUCUUUCACACCCGCUACUUGAUGCGAAUGCGUCUAACACCAGAUUGUUCAAAGAUGCUGAUAUCAACAUCAUCUGGUUAUCUUUUAAUUCUUCAUGACCUUGAUUUAACCCAAUCUCUAGAAGUAUCCACUUCCCGUAGUUUGAGAGGCAAACGUUCUGCUUCAAGUGCAGAUUUGACAUUGUCUUCUUGCAGCUUGCCUGGUUUACAGUCACAAAAUCACCAGAUAGGUGCAACCUGGAGCUCUGAGAAAAAUCCAUCACAGUCUUGUACAAGUGCUGAUAGAAAAGCUGGAUUUCCAAGCAAUAGUCUUGAAGUUUUAUCACCAGAGAUUCCUGUGGAAAGGGAUCGAGGAAAUUGUAUUACAUCAUUACAACUUCACCCCAAAGGCUGGGCUGCAUUAAUUCGGUGCACAAGCAAUAGUGAUGAUCAAGAGUGGACCUGCAUCUAUGAAUUCCAAGAUGGGCCUCCAGUUCGGACAUCAUCUCCUCGUUGCUCGCUUUGCCUUACUCACUACAUUGAAGAAGCUAAUGUGGGCCGUGGUUACAUUAAAGAACUUUGCUUCAGUCCGGAUGGCCGACUGAUUUGUUCACCUUUUGGCUAUGGAAUUCGCUUGUUAGGGUUUGACAGCCAUUGCAAUGAACUUUGUGAUUGCUUACCAAGAGAAGCAAUUUCACUGCAGGAAAUUAGAACUAUUUAUUCACACAGGGAUGUAGUGCUUACAACUAAGUUUUCACCCACUCAUUGUCAGCUUGCCUCUGGGUGCCUUAGUGGGCAGGUAUACUUAUACCAGCCCAAGUUUUAAAUAACCUGGAUUAUUUGCAAGUUGUGUUGAACACAAAACAAAAGCAAAAUGUUUUAAUAAUUACUGCAGAUCAGAAUUAAUGAUUAAUGUUUAAGGUAUUUGAUGACAUCCUUAAAUCCAAAUCCGAUUUGGUUUUCAGUGCAUUACAAUAAACCGCUAUUUGUAUGUUAUUAGACUUAACAGAUAAAGCUGUUUUUCUGCAGUUAGCUCCUGUAAGGAAUAGUCAUUUCCUAAUUUUGUGUGAUUUAUAGCUGCUGCUAAUGUGAAAUUAUAUUAGCAAUUCAUGUAAAAUUUGUUAGCUUGGUUACUGUACAUAUAAUCUUACAAAUGCAGUUUAGUUGCUGAAAAUUCAAAUGUGUUGGAUAAAAGCACUGGUACAUGGAGAUAAUAAGUUUGACCUUCAGCUUUAUUUCCUGCUUAAAUGCAAUAUUAGCAAAAGUAUUGACUAACAUUCUUGCAGAUAUUUAGCGAAGCAGUGAAAGUAAAUUAUUUAACUUAAGAUGCAAAUAUACAUUCCAAAAUGUUAAAAUUUAAAUACUGCUGUUAUCAGUACAGUGUAUGAGUAUAUCCAUAAUAUCACAAAUUCACAUGGCAACUCGUAUUACAUUUUAAUAAAGAAAUUAACAGAUCC